CUUUCCAGCACCUCCGACUAGAUUUCUCAAGAUGUAUACGGCCCUGAAAAAGAUCCACAAGGACAAGGAUGUUGAACCUUCUGAAUUCGAGGAGUCUGUUGCUCAGGCAUUCUUUGAUUUGGAAAACACGAAUUCGGAGCUGAAAAGUGACCUGAAGGAUCUGUACAUUAAUUCAGCACUUCAAGUUGACGUUUCUGGAAACAGGAAGGCUGUUGUUAUCUAUGUUCCCUUUAGAUUGAGGAAGGCUUUCCGCAAGAUUCAGUUGAGGCUUGUUCGUGAGCUAGAAAAGAAAUUCAGCGGAAAGGAUGUUAUUCUGAUUGCUAACCGGAGAAUCUUGAGACCUCCAAAGAAAGGGUCAGCUGUUCAAAGGCCUCGCACUCGUACUCUCACUUCUGUGCAUGAAGCAAUGCUAGAAGACAUUGUUUUGCCCGCCGAGAUUGUUGGGAAACGGAUCAGAUACAGGGUUGAUGGAUCAAAAAUCAUGAAGGUUUACUUGGACCCUAAGGAGCGGAACAACACCGAGUACAAGUUGGAGAGUUUUGCUGCAGUUUACAGGAAGCUUUCUGGUAAAGAUGUUGCCUUUGAGUUCCCUAUUACAGAGGCAUAAACUCCUUAUCCAAUGUGAUACCGUUUUAGAUGCAUUUAGUUGGAAGUCAUUCAAAUUUUUGAUGUUGAGAACGUUUGAGUGAAGUAUUAGAUUCUGUUUUAUGAUUUUUAUUUUGGCAAAGCAAAUUGAUUUAUGGAUGCGUGGUGGUUUUAGUUCGAUAGGUUUUGAAUGUCUUAUUAAGUCU